AUUUCUAGGCCAGUGCUGUACUAACAAAAAUGUGUAACCGCAGGCAGGCAGCGUAUGCAUCCUGUCAAGAGAACAUUUGCAAGCGACAUCUGGUCAGUGUGACACGAUUCGAAUGAAGUUGAAUCAAGCGAUGGCUCAAGAUUUUCAUUUAUUCGGUUUGUGCGUGUGGUUCUUCGUUGGUGGGUUUGGUGUUGAGAUGGAUGAGAUGAAGUCAGUGUCGGUGAUGGAAGGAGAAAAUGUCACUUUACACACUGAUGUUUCUGAAAUACAGAGAGAUGAUCUCAUACUGUGGAGGUUUGGAUCUGAAGACGUUCGUAUAGCAGACGUGAACAGAUCAGCUAAAAUCAUCUUCGCAUCUGAAGGAUUAAGUGAGAGGCUUAAACUCGAUCAGACGGGAUCUCUCACCAUCACAAACAUCUCCAUCACAGACUCUGGAGUCUAUAAAGCGCAGAUCAUUGGAAAUAAAGUGGCAAGGAAAACGUUCAUCGUCACAGUUUAUGCUCGUCUGACGGUUCCUGUCAUAACCAGUUACUGUCCACAAAACUCAUCAUCAUCUUCAGUGUCGAAAUGUGUGUUGUUGUGCUCAGUGAUGAAUGUGACACAUGUGUGUCUCUCCUGGUUCAAAGGAAAGAGUUUAUUGUCCAGCAUCAGUGUGUCUGAUCUCAACAUCAGACUCUCUCUACCUCUGGAGGUGGAAUAUCAGGAUACAAACACAUACAGAUGUGUCAUCAACAAUACCAUCACAAACCUCACACAACAUCUCAACAUCACUCAUGUCUGUCAGACCAAAUUCUUUUCAUCAGAUUGUGUCAAUUACUUGUCAAGCUGUGAAACCCUUGAAGCUUCGAUCCGAUUGGCCGUCUCUGCUCUGGUGGGCGUGGCCGCUGUAGCUGCUGUUUAUAUUCUGGUUCAUGACAUCAGAUCCAGAAGAGCUGAAGAGAAUGAAAAAGAUCAAACAUCAGUCAAACGCUGA